AUGCCCGCCUCCACUCCGCCUCGCCACUCCGCCCUCCAGAGUCCCACCUCGUUUGCCUCAUUUGCAAUUGUCAACUGGCUGUCCGGGUCGACAGCUGUAUUGACAAAUGCAUCUAUAAUGAAGUUCACGAAUGCGGUUUGUGAGCAUUUCAAUAAGACCCCGAUUGCAAUCACAGAGUGCCGACUGAGGGCUGUGAGUCGUAAUGUAACUACAUAUAAUUUCAAUUCAACACUUCUUUAUCCGAUCACCGAUGCUGCGCUUGAGGCGCAGUUCUUCAAUAAGGUGACUAUAAGCGGCUAUAAGCCCUGACUAUAUAAGCUCAAAUUCGAUGGCUGUAAAUUCUUAAAAAGACCCUGAAAUUCUCUGGUAGCUUUAAAGAUUAUUCGAACCUGA